GCCUAUCGAGUAAACUCCAAUAUCUUGCACCAUUAUUUUACUAGCAAGUAGCAACCACUCCACCAUCCUUUUUUUACGUCAAUAUUUUCUCUUACCAAUUGUCCUUCAUAAUCGGCUCUAGAUUCAACUCUCAUUUAAAUAGUACAACUCCAUUUAUAUAUCAUUCAAAUUAUUCUACUCUUCAGCUCACGAGUGCAUUGAUUCCUUACAAAUUAAAUCAUGGGAGGGUGUGCUUCAUCACAAAAGAACCACCCCAAAACAACAGGGAACAAACCAAUCUCCUCAAAACUAAUCAAAGUGGUUCAUAUGGAUGGUCGGAUCAAAGAGUUCAACCCGCCCAUUUGUGCAGAGCAGAUAUUGUCUUGCAACCCUACUUGUUUUCUGUGUAGUUCUGAUUCCAUGUCUAUUGGUUCAUACCCGGAUAAUAUACCCGAACCCGAAGAGCUACAACCGGGUCAUUUGUAUUUCCUACUACCCAAGUCUCAAGCAAACAAGCCCUUAUCGCUUGAAGAUUUGUGUGAGCUUGCUAUUAAGGCUACUUCUAGUAUUUCUUUUGAUGAUGUUCAUUUGUCUUUUAGGCAUUAUGCUGCAGUUUAAUUCUUUUUUAUCAUUAUUUUUGUAGCUAUUCUUAUGUGAGGUUCACAUUUACAUUUAGUUAUAUGACAUUAAUGGAAUGUAUAUAUUUGUUUUUGGUAUUUUCUUUAAGUAUCCUUCAAUUUUGGUCAUUCAUAU